AUGUUGCCAUCUAUCACGCCGCCGGAGUCUCUUCAGGGUCUUCCUGAGGACCAAACAAAUGCUGCCAUACGCGCCGCACAGAAAGACGGGUUAUUUGCGGGGCUCACGUCUGCCCUCCUCGGAUCUAUGCUUGCUACGCGCCUCCGUCUCCCUCGAAACCACAUGAUACUUUCAGCAGCAGCCACAGGUGUCGGUGCUGGAUACUACUUUACUCAGGGCUUCGUUGCAGCCAAUCUCUCCAAACUCCGCGCCGAAAUAGCAGCUUCAAGGGCACGGGAGGAAUCCACUAACAGCGAGUUUGUAUCUCACGACACAUGA